AUGCUUGGUGUCCUUGAAGACCAGAAGAGUGUGCUGAAUACCCUGAAACUGGGGUUAAAGGAUUAAAACAGGACUGACAAACUCCCGUGGUUUCUUUUCCAAAGAACGGGUCUGCUACAUCCCAGGAAUUGAAAACCCUGACUUUAGCUUUACCUUCAGUAUUACCUGUGUGGGCUCUGCUCAACUGAAUAAAACAUCCUAAGUGUUGUCAGAUUUCUACUUUGCCAGGUCUCCUGACUACCUCCUUGCCCUUCUGACCUUGAGCCAUGCCUAGGGGCCACAAGAGUAAGGGCCGCUCUCGUGCCAAACGUCAAAAUGAACGGGAGAAGAGUCAAAGUCUGCAUGAUGCUCAGCUCACUGCAAAAGAAGAGCCAGCAUCUUCUAUUGGUCAAGAGGAUACUCCCAGCCCCCCUGAUGACUGCAUUCCCCAGGAUACUGAGGGGGAUGUAGCCUCUGUUUCUGAUGAUUCAAGUGUGCUCUUGACAGGUGCUGUCGGUGGUGAGGCUUCUGAUCCAAAUGCUGAGGCUUCUGCUAUACAGCCUGAAAGAUAUUUAAGCAACUCCUUGAUAAACUCCACUAUUUGCUCUAUACACAGAGAUCCUCUUAACAGGAGGGCAGGUAUAUUGAUGCAGUUUAUACUGGAGAAGUUUAAGGCGAAAGAGUUCUUUACAGAGGAAGACAUGUUGAAGGUGAUUAAUAAGAAGUACAAAGAACAAUACAAUGAGAUCAUUAAAAGAAUCUCUGUGCGUCUGGAGUUUGUCUUUGGCCUGGAGCUAAAGCAAGUUGAUCCCAAUUCUCACUCAUAUACGCUCGUGGGCAAACUGGGUCUCUCCACCGAGGGAAGUCUCAGUGGCAAUAGUGGGUUGCCCAAGACAGGGCUCCUGAUGACCCUCCUGGCUUUGAUAUUCAUGAGUGGCAACAGUGCCAGUGAAGAAGAUGUCUGGGAAUUCUUGAAAAUAGUGGGGAUAUAUCCUGGGAAAGAUCAUCCAAUCUUUGGGGAACCAAGGAAAUUCAUAACAAAAGAUUUGGUGGAGGAAAAUUACCUCAUAUACUGCCGAAUGCCUGGCACUGAUCCCCCAAGGCAUGAAUUCAUGUGGGGCCCCAGAGCCCAUGCUGAAACCACAAAAAUGAAAGUGCUGGAAGUUGUAGCUAAGAUCAAUCAUGAUGUUCCUAGUUCCUUCCCUCCUCUGUAUGAGCAGGCUCUGACAGAUGAGGCUAAUAGAGCAGCAAGGAGAGUUACAGCUGUACCUGGCAACGUCAAUCCCAGGCCUCAUGUCAGGUGCAUAGUACAUAGCUCCUCCCAUAUCUAGGUGGCUUUGAGAGCUUUCCAGUCUGUUGAAGAGUGGUCAGCCUUCUAUGUAGUAGAAUGUAUCAUAAGCUAGAAGUAACAAAGUUUGUAACUUAUUGCCCUGCUAUAAUGAACAAAAUGUAGACAUUUUCUCCUUUGCUUUAUUGUAAAUGUUCUUUUAACCAAAGUUAAUUAUCUCAUAGUCUAUGCUUCUUAACAUUUUGUCUGACAUGUUUAUUGCUAUUUGUCAGGUUUAAGAUGAGUUUGAUGCUUUUAAAUAACUUAGUAUAGCAUAAAUAAUCUUAAUAUAUCAUAUGGUAGGAUGAUUUUGGAAGUGAUUUUAUAUAGCUGUAGUAUCAAUAAAGGUAUAACAAAAAUAAAAUGUUUAUCACAGUUUGAUGUACAUUUUAUCCUUUGAUUAUUGUAUUAAUUGCAAUAAAUUUGGAAUUAAGUUUA